AUGGCCAUGUCGUUGCUAAAAUUUUUCCUGCUUAUCAGUUGCGUGGCUUGUGUGGCAUGGGCUAAUCCCACGGGUCGUGUGGUGGGAGGUGAUGAUGCCGUAGCCAGACAAUUUCCUUACCAAAUAUCGUUGCGCCGCGAUCAUAGCCAUGUGUGUGGUGGUUCCAUCAUCAGCAGCCGUACCGUUUUGACCGCUGCUCAUUGUGUGGUCAUGGAGGGUACUACACCUUUCCCCGCCAAAGAUUUUACCAUACGUGCAGGCACCAUCAAUCGCAUUGCUGGUGGCAUUAUAGUGCAAGUCAAACGUGUCACUGUCCAUCCCGACUAUGUGAUCUACAAUGACUUGGCUUUGUUGGAAUUGGAGGAGGAAUUGACCUUUUCCGAGACUAUUCAGCCCAUUGAAUUGUUCGAAGGUGAAGUGCCUGCAGGCUCUGACGUUAUCAUCUCUGGUUGGGGUCUAACUGAACAUGCUGGCGCCAGCUUGCCCAUUAUUAUGCAGUGGUAUAAGGUUACAGCUCUCAGCAAGACUGGAUGUGCAUCGAAAAUUGGUUUCUACAGCGAUGCAUUGAUUUGUUUGGAUCAUCCUUCGGGUGCUGGUGCUUGCAAUGGCGACUCUGGUGGUCCUGCCGCCUAUGAGGGUAAACUUGUGGGUGCCGCCGGUUUUGUAGUAAUCAAGUGUGGCUCCUCGCGUCCAGAUGGUUAUGCCAAGGUCUCCUACAACAUUGAAUGGAUAAGGGCUAAUAUGGUUUAAAUUGUCAAUGCCAAUGGGACAUAGGGAAGAGUAUAUGGAACAGUAUUAUAAAAAGAAAGUAACAAAGAUAAAGAAUAACAAAUUCGAAACCACUAA